AUUAAAUGUUUAAUAAAAUCUUUUUUUCUUCGCAGAAUAAUAAUAUCGUAAAUGAAACGCCGCAUUUAUGUACUCCAGAUUUCCUAAAAAAUGAAAUUGAUGAGCGGCUUUAUUCCUGCAAACAAGAAAUUAUCAAAGGGAAUUACCCGGCAGUUCCUCAGUCUUAUAAUAAUAUGAUUGCAACAUUAGAAAACAGCGGAUUAGAUUUGGUGUGCAAGAUACCAACAUUCAAUAGCGUGAAAUCAUCCUUGUACAGAUUUAGGAAUGUACAAGCUGGAGUACAGUGUCUACAGCCGCAGCUAGUAAGAAACGUUGAAGUCCCGAACCAAUUCACAAUUUUUUUACUAGCUGAUUAUGCUGAUGGUGACAGCCGAAUUCUAAUUUUCUGCACAGAAAAAGCUAAACUUUCAAUUUGCAAAGCGACUGAUUUUUACAGUGACGGAACUUUUAAAAGUUGUCCGAAACCUUUUUCGCAGCUAUAUGUUAUACAUGCAGAUAUGGGAAGUACAUCAAAUAGUACGAAUUUAAUGCCUAUUGUUUACGCUCUUAUGAGUGAAAGAAACGUGAAAUCGUACUUCAUUCUGUUUUCCAUGAUAAAAGCUCAAAUCCCCGGCUGGAAUCCGGUUAAAUACAAAACUGACUUCGAAAAAGCGCCAAUGACUGCUAUAAAGAAUUUAUUUCCGCAAGUUAACACAAAAGGAUGCUAUUAUCACUAUAAUAAAGCGGUUUGGGAGAAGGCCCGUAAACUUCAAAUUACAAAAUCAAAAGAUGUGAAGAAAAUAAGAGAGGUUGCACUAAGUGCAGUUCUACCGUUAUUGCCUGCACACGAAAUUUCGAACGGCUGGAAGUAUAUUACUCGCUACAGUACACAAGAGGAGGAUUUAAAAAAAUUCAGAAAAUACUUUGAAGAACAAUGGCUGAAGGAAGAAUUUAUACCAAUUUGGUGUGCUUACGGAGAGCAGCAUAGGACCACUAACUUCUUGGAAGCUUGGAAUCACAAAUUAAACCAAGAAAUUGGAAAAAAGAACCCUAAUAUUAUUCAUUUAUUAAAUGUAUUGGUUAAAGAUUCUGCAUAUUUCAGUGUUUGUGAUAACAUUAAUAAAACCAAAAUGACACCUUUUAAAAAAAGAAAGAAAAAUAAUGUCCUUACUGAUCAAUUUAUUUUGGAAAGUCAGUUAGAGCUGUUACAUGGCAAUAUAUCAGUAGGUCAUUUUUUAGAAACUGUAAGGCAUUAAGGCUUCUUGGCAAUGAAAAUAAAUAAAAAAAGGUAAAAAAAAGCAUAAGAGGUAUGGUAAAUUAAACAAAUUAUUCAUUACUUGAUGACGAUCAAUGAAUAACGUAGUCAAUUAUGGGUACCUAAAUAAUGAUGUUGAUUUGUGCCAGUCAUAACAAAUUACCUAAGUAUUUUUUUUAAAGUAGCAAAAUAUCUAGUUCUAAGUUUUUUUUUUACAUAUAAAACCCAAUUACUGUAAAUACUCUGUGAUACGAGUACAUUAAUGACGAAUUUAAUUGAGAGGACGCAUCUGUGAUUUUUUCUAAUACUGAUUAGGGUAGGGUAGAGUCUCGUUAUGUCUGUGAUUAUUUGAAAAUACUCAUUAUGCUUAGUGCAUACUUUUAAUUUUGUUAAAAAUAUUUUUUUAUUAGGGCAGAGUAAUACUUUAUUUGUUUUGUAUAUUUUCUAAUAAUACUUUUUUUUUCCUAUAGAAAUGAUUGUUGACUUGUUGAUGUGAUUAUUUAGAAUUUGUAUAAAACUUGUUGAUUUUGGAAAUGAAAAUGUAGAUUUAAGAAGGCGGAGAAUUGUUUUUUCAAGUAUAUUUUAAGAAAUAUUUUAUAUUCUAUUGAAAGUACCUAAUUAUCUGUGAUUUUGGAUUUGUGUUUAAAAUAGUUGAUUUUGAAAAUAAAAAUACAAAAAAAUAAUGUUUGUUUAAUUUUCUACCAAUUUAUAAAUAUUGUAACUCUCUCGUUUGAUUAACCCUACGUACUUCUAUUUUUUAAUCAGAAAUUUAAUAAAAUUAACAUUCUUUGUCAUUUCAAAAAAAAAAUAAAGAUAAUAGGUAGCAUACCUAGUUUUUAUGUUAACUAUAUUUAGGGGUGGCCACUGGGAUUUUUACUACCAACAAUCCCGCUUGCCCCCGGAGGUGGCGACUGGGAUAUUUU